UAAAGUUUGAACUAAAAUUAAGAAAAAAUGAAUGUUUCCGAAAUUUUACUUGAAACUCGUGCAGCGACAAAUUUUACGUGGAUUGAUUUUACAAUAUUUAUUUUAUUGUUAUGUGUGUGUUUAUUAGUUGGCAUAUAUUUCGGAUUUUUUAAUGUGUCGGAAAAUGCUCAAGAUUAUUUGGUGGGUGGGCGAAGUAUGAGUGUAAUUCCAAUAUCGUUAUCACUAGUUGCUAGUUUUAUAUCGGGAAUAUCAUUAUUAGGUAUUCCUACAGAAAUUUACUUAUAUGGUAUACAAUAUGUGUAUAUUGCCUUUGGUAUCAUAUCCAUGGGUGUUGUAAUGAGCAUAGUUUACGUCCCAGUUUUACAUCAAUUGCAACUAACAUCUUCGUACGAAUAUUUACAGUUGCGUUUUGAUAAACGAAUGCGUUUAUUAGCAGCAACACUCUUUACUUUUACGACAAUAAAUUGGCUUCCGAUUGUAAUAUUUGUUCCAGCUUUAGCUUUUAAUCAAGUGACUGGAAUAAAUGUUCACAUAAUUACACCAAUUGUAUGUCUUGUUUGCAUAUUUUACACUUGCGUGGGUGGUAUUCGUGCUGUGGUCUGGACCGAUGUGAUACAAUCAUUUGUUAUGUAUGGGUCCAUUCUAUUGGUCGUAAUAAAAGGAACAAUUGAUGUCGGUGGUAUUAAUGUUGUAUUGAAGCGUAACUAUGAUAGUGGCCGAAUUGAAUUACCAGUAACUGAUCCAAGUCUAUUAACCCGACAUACUAUUUGGGGUUUGGCAAUUGGUGGAUUUGCGUAUUGGCUACAAGCAAAUGGUACUUCACAAUUAAUGUUACAACGAUAUUUAUCUCUUCCGAAUUUAAGAAAAGUUCGAUGGGCUGUGUUUAACUUUGUUUUGGGAAUAUUAUGUUUGCUAUGUUCAUGUGGCUAUGGCGGUAUGUUGAUAUAUGCAAAAUAUUAUGAUUGUGAUCCUUUAUCAACGAAAUUAGUGAAAGCCAAAGAUCAAUUAAUGCUCCUAUUAGUCAUGGAUACUUUAGGUGAUAUACCAGGAUUACCUGGAAUAUUUUUAGCUGGUGUAUUUAGUGCAGCACUUAGUUCAUUAUCGACAGGUUUAAAUUCAAUGUCCGCUAUCGUUUUGGAAGAUUUUUAUAAACUUUACUUUGGUAAGCCGUCACCGCUUAAAGCUGAAGUUAUUAUGAAAACCGUGGUUGUGGUUGUUGGGGUGAGUUGUGUUGGAUUAGCAUUUUUGGUGGAAAAAAUGGGAACUGUAUUACAGUUAGCUAUUAGCCUGGAAGCAAUUACAAAUGGACCAAAUCUUGGAAUUUUCACAAUGGGAAUUCUUUUGCCGUGGAUUCGUGCAAAGGCUGCAUUUAUUGGCGGUGUAUCCGGUUUGCUAAUCAUGGCAUGGAUUGGUUUAAAUGCACAAGCUGCGAUUGUCACCGGGGCUAUUAGCUUUGAAGGAAAGCCUCUGACAACCGAUGGGUGUCAGUAUAGUUUCACACAGUCAGAGGAUGUUUUUAAUAUUACUCAUAUAGCAGACAAAUCAGAAGAAAUUUUUUUUCUGUAUCGAAUUUCAUAUCUUUGGUACACACUUAUUGGAUGUAUAAUAUCGAUAUUGAUUGCUUUUAUUGUCAGUUAUCUCACGUCAGAUUGGAAUGAUCCACAAGAUAUGGAUCCGUUGUUAUUAUCACCAGUUAUUCGAAAAUAUUUUACAUUUAAGAAAACAGAUGUUGCCAAAAAGGAUAUCAAGGAUAAAUACGCUUCAGAAGAUGAUCAUAGCUUAGACGACCUCUCCAAUAAUAUUCAUACUAUUGAUUAAAGAAUUUUUGUAAAAAAGAUUGUAAAUGUUUUAAAUAAUUGUUGUAAACUAAAUUAUUUAUUUAUUU